AUGUUCCCUCUGGGAGGUGCUAUUCUGUCUGCUGUGGGAAUCUACCUGAUUGUGAAGGUGCAGGAGGUCGGCGCCUCAAAAUCUGAGGCAGUUGUUCUUCCGGCUUUCAUCCUGGCCGUUGGAUUAUUAAUCUUUUUCCUGGGAUUCCUCGGCUGUACAGGUGCAAUUGCAGAGAAUGUCUGCUUGCUGAAGACCUUUGCCGUCAUAAUGUCCAUUUUAGUGCUCCUCGAAGCUGUGGCUGCCUUUUUGCUAUUUGCCUUCAGAGGCAAGUGCAAGGAGUUUGUGGAGAACGCAUUGAAGAAAAUCAUUGAUCGAAUUGUUAGCGAUACUGCCGAGCCCAACGAUGUGGCAGCGAUGGAUUUCAUGCAGCAAAAGUUCCAAUGUUGCGGUGCCAAAUCACCGGCAGACUGGGGAGAUAAGAUGCCCUCUUCGUGCUGCAAAAACCAGGCGUCUCCUUGUCCCAACAACUCCUACACUGUGGGCUGUGGGGAUGCGUUUUACCUGGUCAUAAAGGACUCUUGGCUCUACCUUGGCAUUGUCAUCCUCAUAAUAGCCAUUCUGGAAGUGGGUGCGAUCGCUUCCGCGUGCAUUCUGCAGUCAAAAAUAACCACCUACGAAUCAGUAUAG